AUGGCAUCGUGGAAGCCCCUCCUCCUAAUAUCCUUGGACUCCAAUGCCCAUCUCAAGCAUUCCGCCUUCUUCCAACUGGGGAGGGACCUCUCUCUCUCUCUCCCCGUGAUCUUGAUCCUGAUUCAACAAUUGAUUGACAGGCGACAAUCGAUUGAGGAGAUUCAGCAUUGCCGUUUCGGAGAGAUAUGUUGGUACUUGACUGAGUCGUGGGAACAGUUCAGAUUUAAGGGAUCUAUAGACAUCAUUGUUGCUACAAAUUCAGAUGCUUUGAAGCUUCAGAAAAGGGAGAAAGCAUGGUUUGCAAGUUCUCUGAAAUCACAAUUACAGUACUUAGCCCCUACUCCUAGUUUUCCAACUAUUGCUAUCAAUGACCCUGGUGAAGAGAUAGAACUCGAUCCAUCUGAAGGCCCAGUUGACGUGUUUUGUCUUUUGAUUUUUGAUCCAGAUCAGGUUGACUACUUGAAUUCGAGAAGCAAUGAGCGACUUAUCUUUACAUCCAAACCAAAUGGGUCUAGCCGCAAAUUAUGGAUGUCUCAGCAAAUCAACCCAUAAUGUUUAGCAUGUUGUUGCUGCCAAAAGCAAAAAUGGAGGUGCUUUGGAUGAUAUAGUGCACCCAUUAGGCACCCAUUUGACGACUAUCUUCCAAGUUUGACCAUUUAAAGCAUUAGAACGUGUUGAGUAGUCUUCAGGGGAAAAUGGCUUCAGAACUAAGAAACAAGACUGUAUAUAUCCUGAUUGUGUCGACUUUCAUUUUAUAGAGUGCACUAAUAUGUUUAAGGUCACAGCUGCAUCUCGUAGUUGCGCGUGUUUCGAACAUCAGCGACUAUGUCGGGUGGCUGGCGAUCGGCAUCCAUGGCCAGAGAGCGUCGACGACCACGUCGGAAGGCCGUUGGUCGACAGUCGUGGCAGUUUCUUGCAUCAUUAAUCAAUUCUGUGUUUG